CAAAUAAUUUUGCUUUUCUAACUACCAUAUUUCACGUAACAGCUUUUGCAGCUUUACGCAGAUCAAUCACCUAUAAAGAAAGCUCUUUUUCAAGUUCUGGAAAAGCUGGACUUUUGCCUUUAUGUAAUUUUUGA